UGUCGGUGUGGACGUUGAUGACGAGCUGCAUGGCGCCGGAGUCGGCCCCGAUGCCGGCAAUCAGGUCGCGCGGCACCUCCAGCCCCCGCGUCUCCGCCGUCACCAAGCCCGCCAGCCGGGUGACCUAUUACAUGGACUCGCUAUGCAAGGACCACUUCCUGCAACGCCAGUACCGCAAGCUGGACGGCGGCGUGCUGUGGUCCCGCAACGAGCGCAACUUGGACUGCACCGUCACCUUCCAGACCCACUCCAUCCUGCAGCGCUUCAUGCUGCACUUCGACCUGCUGCAGCUCGACUGCAACGACCACCUGUACGUGUACGAUGGCGCGCACGCCACCGCGCCGCCCAAGGCGGACCUGUCGUGCCGCAACACGCGGCAGCAGGUGGGCGCGCUGUUCACGCGCAGCAACUUCGUGACGCUCAAGUACGUGACGGACAACUGGGGGACCGACGCCAACGGGUUCAAGCUCGUCAUCACCGCUGUCAAGGACCCCAAGCACGGGUGUAAGGAGUUUCGGUGCAAGCAGCGCGAGUUCUGCGUGAGCGCCGACCUCACCUGCGACGGCGUCGACCACUGCGCCGACGGCUCCGACGAGGACACCGCCGCGCUCUGCCCAGAGAGCGGCGUGGGCGGCGGCGGCAGUGCGUGGGUGGCGGCGGUGGCGGGCGGCGCGGCAGGCGUGCUGCUGCUGGCGGCCGCGCUGGUGUGCUGCUACUGCCGCGGCCGCGCGCCGAGUCGCCGCACGCACCUCCACCUGCAACAGAUGGCGAGUAACGGCGCCGGCGCGGACAAGGCCGCGGCCGGCGCGGCGGGCGGCACGCGCCUGCCGGGAAACUGGGCGCACCCUGCGGGCCCGCGCGGGUACAGGGCGGCGCGCCCGGGCCGCCUGCGGGCGCGGGCGCAGCGCUGAGCGGCGCCCCGCACAAGGACGAGUGGUUCGUCUGAGGCGGCCCGGUCGGGCCCGCAGGGCGGGGGCGCCGUACCGGCCCCCUACCGCUCCCAGCGUCACUCCGCCACGCACACACUGACACACAUACACACACGUUACGUACAAAUAUAUAUCCCCACUUUUCUUCCUGUAAAAUGUAUUUUUACUUGUACAUUUAAUGUAACGUCGACGCUAACGAGUAAUGAAAGUGCAUCGUACGUCAUUAUUCUCGAUCACAUCACAGGAGACGACUCCACCAAAUUCCUUUAUUAGAGUAAUUUACAUACCCUUGAGGAGCACAGGAGUGAGGAGUACCUCCGGCCGUAUCGUGUUCAUAUCCGGCGUGCCGGGUGCGGUGUGCGGUGUGCGCGUGUGUUGGACCGUGUGUUCGAUGGCGGACGACGCGUCACAUAUCUUUGGGAACAUUGAAAAUAUUAUAUUAUCUGAAUCUUAAACCUUCGUGUUGUAUACAUAAGUAUAAAUAUCAUCGGUUCGUCUGUAUAUCGAGUACGACACAAAUUGAAAUCUUUACAUAUCUGUUGACAAAUGAUAUUUUAAUUAAAGUGUUACCGUGACCGAUAGCGCGGGCUACGGCCCCCCGAUAGAUAUUUUGAUAUAUUUUUAGUAUCGCGGCGCGUCGGUCGCCGGCCGCCGGUCGUCAGCGGACGCGCGACACGCGGCGGUCGCGGCGACCGGCGCCGGUGCGACCGACGGAUCGAAAGUUUUCACCGGAACUCAAUAGGCGGCGCCGAGAUUAGGCGAGCGGCGGCAUUCCUUAAUCUAUGAUAAUAAUUACUAUAAUAUUGACAGCGCUUUUAUAUACUUUUACUAUAGUAAAAUAAAACUAAAUAAUAUAAUAAUUAAUGUGAGGUGCGCGCGGUGCGAACUCUUUGCGGUCUCCUCGGGUCGCUCCCGGGGAAAGCGUCGCAAGAGAGGCCCAUGUGUCACUUUAAUGGUGUAAGAUUAGCUUCCUCGAUUCGGAGUGCAUAAUCAGCUCUAUCGUGCUGCUGUGAGCGACCGAGGAGCUCAGGCAGUGGGCAGCGCGCGCGCCAGUGUGAGUACUGUAGCACCGCAGCGGAGGCUGACGUACGUCCUCACGCGUGUUCGGGCGGCUCCCCGAGUAUUGACGUCGAAUAGUUUCGUACUUUCUGUUCUAUUCGAUUAUAAUGUAGAUGUAAGAUAUACGAGUGGUAGCUCCUUAUCACCCCUGGCGCAUUCCCGGCUGCGAUGGAGAUGCAAUUUCGUGAAAGACUCGAGUUCGGUUGUCGCGAGCGCUAGAUGGCGAUAUUAUUAUCUUCGCGCUAUGCUUCUUCGUCGCAGCCGGGGUCUGCGUAGAGCCCAGGGGCCCAGUACUAUCGCCUAGUGUACUCCUGUAAAGCUAUGUAUACGUUCGUCGGUAGAGUAGCGUGUAGCGGCGACGUCGCGCCUCCCCGGGCCCGGAACCGACUCGACAAUACUCACUUUAGGUAUAUUUUGUACUGAACUUCACUCCGUUCUGGCGUAGAACGACUUCAGAUUUAGGUAGCGUAGGUAAUCGCAGGAGGUAAUGUAAAUUAAAUUACGUCUAAGGGUUUAACUACGUGUAAGCGGGCCGGGGAGGCAGUACUCGUGUCGACCUUCCGUCUGCCCGGAGCCGGCCGCGCGCCCUCCGCCGCUCGUGUCGCGGGCGCUGAAACAUUUUUACGUUUUUCAUAGUGUGUUCCCGCGAUUUAUUUAUGUACUUAGAUUAAUGUCGCUUUCGAAUCGUUUGAAUCUGCAUGUUCGUGUCGCUAACGACGAGUCGCAACAGAUGAAAAUGUUUCGCGCCCGGACGCGGAUGUAUAGAGACGCAUGUUUGAACAAUCUAUCCGAGGUAUAUAAUAUAAAUAUGAUGUAAACGGUAAACCUAAUUUUAGUGAAGAUUUUUAGGUGAAUUUUUACUCGUUUAGUGGCGUGGUUCACGCGUGUCGUGACUCGUGGGUGUCCAGUUUUUGGUGUUACGAUGAGCGCAAUGUAAAUUUAACAAUAUGACAUUAAACAUUUUUGGCUUAUUGUUCGUA